GGGCUACAAUGCGCGUGCGCGUCAGAACUAGUUGCUUCCCGAAGUCUCCAGCCGCUUGUAGGAAAGGUAGAGCAGGGCCGAUGCCGCGACCUUGUGGACUCCAGGAGUCUGUCAGAAACAAUCUGAUUGAUGAUGCCAAGGCCCGCUUGAAAAAGUUUGAUGUUGGGACCAGAUAUUCCCACUUGUCCGCUAGUAAGUACUCUGUUCUUCUGCCAUUGCUGGCCAGAGGAGAAAAGCUGUACUUGCUGUUCACGGUCCGCUCAGACAAGAGAUUUUUCCACAUCAAUAUUCCUGGCAGCACGAGUCACAGUACCUUAAUUACAGAAUCAACCUGGAUGGCUAUCGGAGAAGGAAUGGAUCAGGAAAAAUGUAAGCUGAGAAGGGCACCUGGAGAAGUCUGCUUCCCCGGAGGAAAGAGGGACCCAGUGGACGCAGAUGACACAGCUACUGCUCUCCGUGAAGCCCAGGAGGAGGUGGGGCUGCAUCCCCACCAAGUGGAAGUGGUCUCUCACCUGGUGCCAUAUCUUAUUAAUAACGGUGACCUGGUAACGCCCGUAGUGGGAUUUCUAGACCCCGACUUCCAGGCCCAGCCUAAUGCUGAUGAAGUGAAGGAUGUGUUCCUCGUGCCUUUGGACUAUUUCCUCUGUCCCCAAGUCUACUACCAGAGCCACUUCACACAUUCUGGCUACCAUUUUGUUUUGCAUUGCUUUGAAUACACAGACCCUGAGACUGGCUCGAAGUACCUCAUCAAGGGAAUGACCUCAAAACUGGCUGUGCUGGCUGCCUUAAUUAUUUUGGAAAAAAGUCCUUCCUUCGAGACCGAAUUUGAUCUCCAUGACCUGAUACCGUCUUGUGAGAAGACCUUUCUUCAUAGAUGGUCUUCAAGCAAGUUGUGAAGUCACCGAAACCCAAAAGAACAUACACGAGGUUUUUGCAUGAGCUUAUGCUCAGAACAGCAGCAUUAGCGAGUGGUAUCUGACAGGUGUGAAUAUAUUUCGUACACCGUGAUUGUGAGGGCCUUACCUGGUUUCCAGUAACCAAUUUUUCACCUUGACCACUAUAAGUCUUUCAGAACUGGAAAAAAAGCACGAGCAGGGUAGUCUAAUUUUACCCAUUAAAAAAUGUCGCUAUUUUUAGUUGUUUUAAGGGUAUCUGUCACAUAGUAGGCACUUAAUAAAUAUUUGUCAAAUAUAA